AUGCCGGCCGCCCACACCACCCUCGUUCCUUCCACCGCAACUGCCACAGCCAAUGUCACCUCCAUCAAGUCGCACAUCCCCAUCGUCCUCAGCAUGAAGGCCACGAACUACACCAUGUGGUCCGUGUUCUUCAAGGCGAUGUGUGGCAAGUUUCACCUGCUGCAUCACAUCGACGGUUCCAUCCUCGCCGCUCCGACCAAUCCAACAUGGAUUCAAGAGGAUUGCAACGUCCUCUCAUGGCUCUUUGGCUGCAUCCACGAGAACGUUCUCACCGUCAUGGGUGAUCUGUCGGUAACAGAGUACUCCCAGUGCGUCAAAUCACUGGCCGACGAUCUCUGCGAUGUCGGUCACGCCAUGUACGAACCGGCACUCGUGCUCAACCUUCUGUGCGGCCUUCGCUCGAGCUUUGCCAACGCUGUCGACAACAUCGCCUUCAAGACACCACUGCCCUCAUUCAGCGAGGCCUGCUCCUAUCUCCUCAUGAUGGAAAUGCAUCAGAAGAACGACGCUGCCUCUAGCACCGUCCUUGCUAUUUUUGGCAGGCCACACGUCGUUUGUGGCUCCGGCGGGUGCCAGUAG